UCUUAUCAGAAAAUCUUUCGAUAAGCAAGCGUAUCUUCCUCUACCAUACAAGUUCAUCGUAGAUUUCAACAGUGUCUGUUUGGUCUGUUGAUGAGACGAGUGCUCUACCGUUUAAAUCGUAAUCUUUGUUUUAAAAUGUCGAUACUCGUAGCUGGAAAACUGGCACUUGUUACCGGUACCGAACAUAUUGCAUAUUAAUGUUGAGGAUCGAAACAGUGUCGAAGCUGUAUUUAAAGAUGUUGUGAAGCAAUUUUCAAAGCCUCCUACUAUCAUUGUUAAUUCUGCAGGCAUCCUGUGAAAAAUGUUUUUGAUGAAACUCGAUGACAGUAAUUUUGAUGAUAUCAUUAAUGUCAAUUUAAAAGUUCGAUUGCUGCUAGUGGUAGAUACGUUGGACAUAGUACUUAUAGUGCGUCAAAAGCUGGAGUGAUAGCUAUGAUAAAGAGCGCUUCAUUGGAGUUUGGACAAAAAAAAACUUAUCUCUUAAUGUUCUUUAAAUGGACAUUUUAACUAUCAAAAAUGUUAUCAAGAGUCGAUUAUGAAACAUUUUAAAAAUUUGUGAAACGUUUUUGAAACGAAUAUGUGCUACCUGAGGACCAUAGUCUGUUUUAAACCAUAGUCUGUUUUAAACCAUAGUCUGUUUCAAAAUGUCGAUACUCAGAGCUGGAAAGCUGGCACUUGUUACCGGUGCUGGAAGCGGCAUCGGAAGAGAAGUAUGUCGAGUUUUAGCUCGUGAAGGCGCAAACGUUGUCGCAGCCGAUCAGAAUAUCACAACUGCUCAGGAAACUGUUGCCUUUUUAGAAGGUACUGAACAUAUUGCAUUGCAUAUUAAUGUUGAGGAUCGAAACAGUGUCAAAACUGCGUUUAAAGAUGUCGUGAAGCAAUAUUUAAAGCCUCCUACUAUCAUUGUUAAUUCGGCAGGCAUCGUGCGAAAAAUGUUUUUGAUGAAACCCGAUGACAGUAAUUUUGAUGAUGUCAUUAAUGUCAAUUUAAAAGGUACCUUUUUAGUGACGCAAAUUGCUGUCAAUAUGUUGAUGGAGGGAAAUGCAAACACAAAUUCCUCAAUUAUCAAUAUAAGUUCGAUUGCUGCUAAUGGUAGAUACGUUGGAUAUAGUACUUAUAACGCGUCAAAAGCUGGAGUGAUAGCUAUGACAAAGAGCGCUUCAUUGGAGUUGGGACAAUUUGGAAUUCGGGUAAACGCAGUAUUGCCUGGUUUUAUAGACACUCCUAUGAUUUCACAUAUAUCUGAGGAAGCUAGGGAAAUGCAUAUAAACAAUAUACCAUUACAAAGAUUUGGAAAGCCAGAAGAAGUAGCAGAGGUUAUCGUGUUUUUAGCUUCUGAUAGAAGUUCUUACAUAAAUGGAGCCUCUAUUGAAGUUACUGGAGGAUUGAUUUAGAAUUGAAUUAAGUUUUAUUAUUUGUGUAUACAUAUAUAU